ACUUCCAGUUCCGAGCAUCACGCUCAGUUGAGUGAACAGCGCUGACCGGUUUGGUCGAGCAUUCAGUGCAGUGAAUUUCAAGCUUUAUAACCGGCAAAAAAGCAACUACAGGAUGAUCGUAUCGCGUGGAUUAUCGCUGGUGGUGUUGAUAGUUGUCGUCGCCUCCACCGUCACAGUGGUAACCGGUUCCGAAGUUGAACCCACUACUGCUACAGUCGAUGCCACCGAAAAGCGAGCCGGUUUUGGUGGCAGCCGUGCUCCAGUGACGCUUAUUCGUGAUCGCAACAAAUGCGUGCUAUCGCCCACGACGGCCAGCGGCAGCAUGAUCCAGCGGGGACGAACCUUCUGCAGCGGGGAUCUCAUCUUCCAGGACAACUUUGACUUCUUCGAUUUUGAAAUUUGGGAGCACGAGAACACGCUGGCCGGUGGCGGGAACUGGGAGUUCCAGUGGUAUACAAACAACCGGUCCAAUUCGUUCGUUGAGAACGGCGUCCUGUAUAUUCGACCAACGCUGACGGCUGAUGAGUAUGGAGAGCAUUUUUUGUCUUCAGGAACCGUUAACCUACGCGGCAAUCACCCCGUUGAGCAAUGUACCAACGCUGCCUUCUGGGGCUGUGAGCGAGUGGGCAACCCAACGAACAUUUUGAACCCGGUCAAGAGCGCCCGCCUUCGAACGCUAUCGUCGUUCAAUUUCAAGUACGGCCGAGCGGAAGUUCGCGCCAAACUGCCGUCGGGAGAUUGGUUAUGGCCUGCGAUUUGGUUGCUACCGAAGCGCAACGCUUACGGAACGUGGCCCGCUUCCGGCGAGAUGGAUCUGAUGGAAUCGCGUGGCAAUGAGAAUUUGACGGUGAAUGGAGUGCAGAUCGGGACACGCCAGGUUGGGCAGACACUGCAUUUCGGGCCGAAUCCUUCGCACAAUGGAUACAAUACGGCUACGCUGACGAAGAAUGCUAUGCCGGGUGAGGAGUACAGCAAAGGAUUCAACACUUUUGGGUUUGUGUGGUCUCCGGAAAAUUUAACGGUCAGCAUCAACGGGGAAAAUCUGGCAACCAUCGAUGGUGGAGAAGGAUUCUGGAAGCGCGCCGGGUUCGAUAAGCUCAACAUGGAAAACCCGUGGCGAUAUGGUAGCAAGAUGGCACCGUUCGAUCAGGAAUUUCACUUCAUCUUGAACUUGGCGGUCGGUGGAGUGAAUGGAUACUUCCCUGAUAAUGGAGAUAAUCCGGGUGGUAAACCGUGGAAGAACAGUUCACCUCAGGCGGCCACAGACUUCUGGAAUGGGCGCGAGAAUUGGUUGCCCACGUGGAAUCUGGACAAGAACGAUGGAAAGGAUGCCGCUUUGCAGGUGGAUUAUGUUAAGGUGUGGGCUUUGUAAACUUUUUUCAACUGUUUAUCAGUUGUAAGAUAUUGAUAGGAUGACUAUAAGUUAAUAAAAAAUGAAUGAUAAAAACA